GGACCAUGGCGCUGUCGCUGUCGCUGUCGCUGUUGCUGUCCCUGCUCGGGGUCCUGCUGGCCUUGGAGGGGGCGAGCGGCCUCCUGCCCCCCUCGCAGCUCAAAGAGCUGUCGGCGGCGGGCAGCCGGCGGAUCGACGCGGAGCUGGAGCGGGCGCUGCAGGGCGUGGGGAAGAUGAAAUCCCUGAUGGAGCAGAGCGGCCGCGAGCACCGCGAGCUGCUCACGGCGCUGCAGGACACGCGGGACCACAGGGAGGAAGCGGUGCGGCUGGCGCGGCAGAAGGAGCAGGAGCUGUCGGAGCGCGGCGAGCGCUGCAACGCCUCGGUGCUGGAGCUGUGGGAGCGCUGCAAGCCCUGCCUGCGGCAGCGCUGCCUGCGCUUCUACUCCCGCUCCUGCCGCAGCGGGGCCGCGCUGGUGGGACGGCAGCUGGAGGAAUUCCUGAACCGCUCGUCUCCCAUCUCCAUCUGGGUGGACGGCGAGCGCCUGGACUCGCUGCUGGAGCGCGACGAGCGCCAGGAGCGGCAGCUGGAGGACCUGGAGGAGCGCUUCGGGAUCCUGGAGGACGGGAUCGACGGGAUCUACCGGGACAGCUCCCUGUUCCAGGGCCGCCUCCACCCCUUCUUCCAGGCGCCCUUCGGGGGGUUCCGCGAGGCGCUCGGGGCUCCGGUGCAGCGGCUGCGCUUCCCGCGCCGCUUCCGCCGCUUUUCCGGGCAUCUCUUCCCGCUUUUCCAAAGCCCGCACGGAAGCUUCCAGCAGCUCUUCCAGCCGCUCUUCCACAUCACCCAGCGCGUGCUGGAGGGCGCCCACGGCGACUGGGAGCUGCUCCCGGGAGAAUCCCGGAAUUUCAGCGAUGACCGGAUGGUUUGCCGGGAGAUCCGGCGGAACUCGGCCGGGUGCCUGCGGAUGCGGGAGGAGUGCGAGCAGUGCCGGGAGAUCCUGGCCCUCGACUGCGGGCAGGAGGAUCCAUCCCAGCAGGAGCUGCGGGAGCAGCUGGAGGACGCCGUGCGCGUGGCCGAGCGCUUCACACGCCGCUACGAUUCCCUGCUCCGGGAAUUCCAGGAGGAAAUGCUCAACACCUCCGGGCUGCUGGACCAGCUGAACCGCCAGUUCGGCUGGGUGUCCCGCCUGGCCAACUAUUCCCUGGGCUCCGACGGGUUCCUGCAGGUCACCACGGUGCUGUCCAAGGCUCCGAACCCCGAGGAUCCAUCGGCGGUGCCGGACACGCAGGUGACGGUGCAGCUCUUCGACUCGGAGCCGCUGGAGCUGACCGUGCCCGGGGACAUCCCGUGGAGCGAUCCCAAAUUCAUGGACAUCGUGGCCGACCAGGCGCUGCAGCACUUCAAGGAAAACGCAAUAGAGUAGCUGGGUGAUCCCGCUGAUGCCGCCCCUCCGGAUCCCCCUUCCAGGGGGGAAUCGUCACCAUGCUGGCACCUCUCCCCUCCUGACCCUUCCUGCUGCCAGGACCCUCCGGGGCCCCAAAUGGAAAAUAAAGGUAGAGUUGAACAUC